AUGCCCUAUAUUCAGGUUGAUGUGGCCCAAUCUGCAAAAUUCAACAAAACAAAAACAAAAACAUACAGCAAUGGGAGUUCCCCUAUGGUCUCCCAGCGGUAUAAACGAGGUCGAAAACAGAGGGCCAAUACCGCCGAAAGACGAGGGCCCGUCGAAAAUACACUCUGUCAGGAGUCCUGUUCGCAGUUUCUACAGUCUCGCCCUCAGUCAGGAGCUCCGUUCGCAGUUCUACAGUACCCUUCUUCAGUUCCAGUUCCAUCAGGUUCGGAGGUAGUCGACGCUAUCAACGCUCCACGCAGCCAAAAUCCUCGACGCCUAUUCCAAGAUACGUCUUUGACUAUGGCGCCACGACGCACUAUUAAAAAGGGCGAAGCCGGAGAACAAGAGGCAAAGGAGCGUCUAGCUGGCUUCCAGAGCAAGCCCCUCGACGAUACGGUCCCAGUGUCGGACAGAACUACCUACAAGCGCGGCUACGCCAUGUGGCUCUUCAAGGAAUACGUUCGCGACGUCCUACACCGCGAGCCGGACGAUACCUGGUUAUCCCUUUGCAGCUCUUCACCAGUAGAGGUAGCCUUGGCUCAGGAUACAUGUCGUGCCUUUCUCCAGACCUAUGUCUCCGACUCUUCGGUCUCCCGGGUUGCGUUGGGAGACCAAGAAUCCGAGGAGGUCCGACAGGUGAAUCGAGUAUCAAGCGUCCUGACAGUGUGGAGAGCUCUUGUGCAGGAAGGAGACGAAGCAGUCCUUGCCCCCAAAAGAAGAGAGAACAGGUGCGCCGCGAGGCAAUGGAGGCUCGUCAAUCCAAGUGGAAAACUGAUUUCAGGGCCCGUAUGGGAGGUUUCCAAUUGGAUUGUCCACGACCUUCCUUCGCUUACCGGUAUCUCUAACGAACUCAAGCGCCAAAAGCGGGCUGCGACUGCUCAGGAUAUAGUGGUCAUUAUGCAGGCUCUCCUGAAUCGAUAUCGAGAUAUCCUCUACUCUACGGCACAACUUAGCGACUUUGCCAUGAUCGUGCUCUAUAUGGCUAUUGGCGGAUUCCGGACUAACUGUCCUAGAAACCUGAAGUAUGCAGACGUCAGGAUAGGACUCGCCAACGUUGACGGGAAAACGAACGUAUUCGUACGAAUCCGAAUGCCAGAAAACAAACUGCGAGUGGCUUCCCUAAAGCCUGCGAGCCCCGGGCGCGAGUUUGCCGUGGCCAUUUUACCAUGCCGACUGGUCUGCCUUGCGAGUCACGUCAUUGGCCGCGCUCUAGUACGGCGUGCUUUCAGGGCCGGAUAUACGUCCUUUGAUCAAGUUUUGACCCGGCCCAGCCUUCGAGGUUGCAAAGUCCUUUUCCUUCCUUGGGCACAAGGCCUGGGCGAUCUCCCAUUCGUCGAUAUCAGCGGGUCGCAGUUCUACAGGAUAUGGUAUCGCUGCCGCGAAGUCGCCGGCAUGGAGGAUCCUCCGAUCCCCUACUCUAUGCGAGUCGGUUCCGGGGGCAAAAUUAUUGGAAUUCUCGGCGAGUUGCUUGGGAAUUGGAUGCUUAUGCACAAAUCGAAUACUCACCAGGAGUAUUAUUUCCCGGAUUACGUGUCUCAGAAUCUAGCGCGUGUCACGCUGGGCGUGCUCGCGCCUCCUGAAGAUGCCCUUUUCUCCCUUCUGUCGGACUUAUCAUCCACGGUGGAUCCCUUUGCCCCAUGCCACCUGAGUGAAGAAGAGUUUAAAAAGCUGCUUAAGAGACGAGAUGUCCAAGCUCUUCAGGACCAUAAGACAGGACAGCGCAACCUAUUAGAUCAGUUAUCCUACUUGGCUAUUCGAGAGAAGCGGGAGAAAUACUUUCGCAAUAUGGAAGAUGCACGGGCGCUGGGAGGCAAUAUUACCAUUACCGAGCCGCCGAUUUCGAACAGCGACGUCAUCGUUGAUGUAACCCCCGUUGAUGAAGAAGGCCGGGCUUCAUUUAUUGAGUUACUGGCUAGCUACUCCCGCCUUUUGAAGAGAAGCAAAAAGAAUGACUCUAACCGAAACGUUCCAGAUCUAUGUCCUCGGUCUAUCUGCGUCCUUUGCGAUCCGACUGGGAAGGCUUUAUCUUUCUCACAACAUUCAUCUCUUACUAGGCACUAUCGGAUCAUAUAUUUGCGGCAUGGUCACCUAGACGAAAUACGCGAAUGCCCAGUUCCUGGCUGCGGCUUGGCUAUUGACGCUGGCGUAUCUCCGUGUUACUGUCACUUAGAACGCCAGCACGGCAAAUACUAUACGCCCGCUGCUCAUCGACAUAUCGAACGUUCAAUCUGCGUCCUCUGCGAUCCGACUGGCCUUCCUGACUGCGGGUCAAAGAUUCAAGCUGGAAUACAACCAUUUUGCGAUCACUUGCAGCGCACGCAUGGGAAGCAUUACACGCCUCAUCUAUACAAUAAUGGGUUAAAGCAGCGUGAACAUCAUCGAUUGUAUAAGCGAGUUCAACCAACAUCCGAAUUUCAGAAAAAGAGCGCAGUUGCAAUUAGAGCAAAACGGAAAGCAGAUGAUGAUAUCGGGAGGCCCGACUUUGAUCUGCUCGAGCAAACGCUCCAGGACGAAAUCUUUACUGUAGAUUCGGAUAAAGACCCGGUUGCGAAGAAACGAAAGCAAAACGUAGUUGCAGAUUAUUAAAGAGUUCUAAGUUGGGCAACAGUUGAUAUGUUUAACAGCAUCAGAAUCAUUCGGCUCGUCAAUGAAUUUAG